GACCCCAUUCAGUAAGUAGAGACAUUAAUAACCACCAAACCAACUAAUAAACGUAAUCUUCCAACGAAGUUCCAAAGCAGUUUCUUCGUGAAACAUCUCAAACAGCCAGUGCCAGCAAAACCUCGUUUCCUUAUAACUUAAUCGAUCCCUUCCAAUUACGCUUCCACCAACCAAAACAGCAGAAAAGGAAAUCAAUCCCGAAAGCUUUCAUCAACAAUUUUCGGGAAAUUUCCAGAUCCCCUUUCAACCUCUCUACAACAAUCCCCCAAUUAAGAUCGUGCUGAGCACGAUAGUCUUAGUGAAACCAAUGCCGGAAAUUGAACAGGCGGCGGCGGCGGCGGAGAGCACCGUUUUGUUUGAAAAAUACGAGGUGGGAAGGCUCCUAGGAUGCGGCGCGUUCGCGAAGGUGUACCACGCGCGUAACACCAGCACGGGGCAAAGCGUGGCAGUGAAAGUGGUAAGCAAGAAGAAACUAGCCGCAAUGGGGAUGGCCUCCAACGUGAAGCGCGAGAUUACCAUCAUGAGCCGUCUUCACCACCCCAACAUCGUGAAACUCCACGAAGUGUUGGCGACAAAGACAAAAAUCUACUUCAUCUUGGAAUUCGCGAAAGGAGGCGAGCUCUUCGCGAGAAUCGCGAAGAGUCGAUUCGGCGAAGAUCUCGCGCGACGGUUUUUCCAGCAGUUGAUCUCUGCCGUCGGGUACUGCCAUGCGCGGGGCGUUUUCCACCGCGACUUGAAGCCGGAGAAUCUUCUGCUGGACGAGCAUGCGAACCUCAAAGUCUCCGACUUUGGACUCGGCGCGGUGAAGGAGCAGAUGGGGGUGGAUGGGGUGCUGUACACGCUAUGUGGGACCCCUGCUUACGUGGCACCGGAGAUUUUGGCGAAGAAGGGUUACGACGGGGCUAAAGUUGAUGUUUGGUCUUGUGGGGUUAUUCUCUUUGUUCUUGUGGCUGGGUAUCUACCGUUUAAUGACCCGAAUCUUAUGGUGAUGUACAGGAAGAUUUACAAGGGGGAGUAUCGAUGUCCGAGGUGGUUUUCGACGGAGUUAAGGAGGUUUCUGGCGAGGUUGUUGGAUACGAAUCCCGAGACGAGGAUAACCGUCGAUGAGAUUUUGAAGGAGGCGUGGUUCAAAAAGGGGUACAAGGAGGUUACAUUUGGCGAUUUAGGUUUGGAGUGGAAGAGUGAAGGUGAUGAUGUGAAGGAUUUGAACGCGUUUGAUAUCAUUGCUUUCUCCACAGGCUUGAAUCUCUCCGGUUUGUUUGAUUCAUUGAAGGAGGUGGAAGAGGGAGAGAGGUUUCUGCUUAAGGAGUCGCCGGAGAAGGUGGUGGAGAAGGUAGUUGCGGCGGCGUCUACUGUGGAGGGUAUUAUCGUGCGGAGGAGGAAGGAGUGUGGGGUGGAGUUGGAGGGGUGUGAUGGUAAUUUCGCCGCUUUGGUGGAGGUUUACCGGUUAUCGGCGGAACUGGUUGUGGUUGAGGUGAGAAGGAGGGAUGGAAAUGGCGGAGUUUUCAGGGAUGUGUGGAGGAAUAAGAUUAGGCCGUAUCUAUGUGCUGCAAGUAGCAGUACGACGUCGGAUCGGGAGGAAACCGGUGCGCAGCCGGUUGCCGGUGAAUCAUGAUUCCGCGUCAUUAUUAUUUUUCAAUUAGUAAAUUUAAAAUAAAAUUUUAAAAGAGAAUUGGAAGUGGAGAAUUGAAAAUUGAAACGUAGUAGGGCACAAAUAGAUGUGGAACACAGUUAAUUAAGCGUGCAAGUUCGCUAUGUAUAUUUUUAUCAUGCUUAUAUGUAAAGUAUUACAGUAUUUUGCUUA